AUGGGGCUUGGGGCUUCAUUUGGGUUGUGGGUUAAGGCCCCAGACCGCGAGGGACUACUUUUGGGUUUGGGUCAGGUGGAGGGUGGACCCGUGAUGGUGGUGGGUUCGGAUAUGGACGGGAAGCUCUCAAGGAAGUGGUGGCACAAAUUGGCAGGGAAAUUUCGGGUUUGGUGGAGAAUUUUGGAGCUCAACUGGGCAAGCCAGAGAGCUCAGCAACCCUCUGCUGUUAUGGGCUGUUCUUCUCCAACUCUGUUUUACUUCCAGUCACAUGCACUCUCUACCAAGACUCAGAGCACUUGCUGUCUUACACCUGAAACUAACAUCCAAUUCCCAGGUCAAACAAAUCCACACCCAGUUGAUCAUCAAUGGCCUCAAUUCACCUCCAUUUUGGCAAAACUAAUCCAGCAAUACUGCACCCUACCAGACCCACAAAGCAUCCAAAACUAUGCCUAUUCAGUUUUCAAACACUUUGACAAACCAAACCUCUUUCUCUUCAACACUUUGAUAAGAUGCUCUCAACCCAAGGAGUCUAUUCUAGUUUUUGUUGAUUGGGUAUCAAGGGGGGACUUGGUUUUUGAUCAUUUUACUUUCAUUUUCGUUCUUGGAGCUUGUGCUCGAUCUCCUUCCGUGCCAACAUUAUGGGUAGGGCGACAAACACAUGCCCAGAUGCUGAAACGUGGUACUAUGUCUAAUAUUUUGUUGCAAACCACUGCCAUACAUUUCUAUGCAAGUAACAAGGAUGUUAGUUCAGCACGGAGAAUGUUUGAUGAUAUGAUAGUGAGAAACAGCAUUACCUGGAAUGUGAUGAUCAAGGGGUAUUGUUCACAGAAAGAAAUCGCCCGUGAAGCAUUGGUUUUGUUUCGAGGCAUGUUGGAAGAUGACUGUGGAGUGAAACCAACGGAUACUACUAUGGUUUGCAUUCUUUCCACAGCUUCUCAGUUGGGUGUAUUGGAAACUGGUGCUUGUGUUCAUGGUUAUAUUGAGAAGACGAUUCCUCUUCCAGAAAAUUAUGUGUUUAUUGGCACGGGUCUUAUCGAUAUGUACUCAAAAUGUGGAUGUCUUUAUUUGUUAUAUGUACUCAAAAUGUGGAUGUCUCUAUUUGUUUUAUAA